UGCAAUAUGAAGUUAUCGCGCCGCCAUUUUCCUGCAAGCGCACCGGCCUAAAAUUUUGGCACGGGACGUUCGAACAUUCAAAAAAAUGUACGUAUUUCAAAGAUAAUACCCUAUUUGAGCGACUCCAAAUCGUUGUAGAGAUAAAGAAACUUAUGUUACUUUUAAUGAUCAUUUUUAUUAAAAGAUUUCAAUAAAUGUAUCACUUUUAGAAAUAUUUCUUCCUAUAAUUUAAAAAAGAAAUUUUUAUAAUAUACACAAAAUAUUGAAAAUUUUAUAACAUAUAAAUCAAGAAUAUAAUAACAAUUUUUAAUUUUGAAUAUUCGAUUGCGCAAAUGUAAACGCAACUCACCCCUGUAUUCAUCACUGUGACUGCGGAAAUGAAUUUAUUUACAAAUGGCGACCACUUUUCGGAUUUAUUAUAAAACAAUUCAGACCAAAUAGAAAUUUUCGAAAAAUAUAAAAAUGACUGACAAUAUAGAAGAAUCCAAUUAUAUUGAAGAAUCCAAAAAAACAUCAUUAAAAAAAUCUGCAGAAAAAUUAACAGAAGAAAUACAAAGUAUGGCUAAUUAUAAAAGUCUUUAUACUGAAAUUCAGAAACUCGUUGCUUCUACUGCAGUAAAAAGAGAAGAUUUUAAAAAUACGUUAUUGGACGCAUUAAAAAGUAAUGGUUUAGAAACAGAAAUUAGAAAUACGGUAUUUCAUUGGGUCAGAUCGCAAGGUUCUUUAUCUGCUGCAUCAGAAUCAACCACGAACGAAGUGGAUUUAACUUAUUUAAAAAAGGCUCAAAUUCAAUGGGAGCGUAGAAUACAAAAAUCUUUAAAUUCAACAUGUAAUGAAUUAAAUGUGCCAUUGGCACGCAUAAGACCAAACGCAGAUCGCGAAGAACUUGCUGAAAAAUGGAAUGAAUUAAGCACUUAUGAUAUCGGUGAUCUUAAUAUUGAUUUAUUAAAUAAAAAUUCUAAUAAAAAUGUAAAAAAAAGCAAUUAUAAUAAAUUUAAAGAUGAAUUGAAUUGGGAAUUCAGCCACAUAGAAAUUCGCGUAAAAACACUCAUGCAACUGAGAUGUUUGUAUGUGGAAUUGGCAAAAGGUAUGCCAUUAUUAGGAGUGAAUCCCGAUAUGCCCAGUUCAGAAAAUUUUGCAAAUCUAGAAGAAGAGAGAAUUUAUAUCGGUGAGAAAAUAUUGAAAUCGAAUCAUGCUCCAAUUGCACAAGAAUUUUUGAAACGCGGAGCACCUCGAGCUCUUCGUGGUCGUCUGUGGUCUCUUGUGUUGGGAUCCGCAGUAAAACAGAAUGAUGUGCAGCUAACAGCCAGAAAUGAUGAUCAAUAUUUUGUAUUUGAAGACGUUUUAUAUAAAACAAUGUUAUGUUUUUCUCGUGAUUCGGAAGUAUUAGCACCUGUUACAACUGAUAGAAGUGCUGGAGGUCAAGUAAUACAUGCUGUUUUACAAGGAAAGCCAGCCACUUUGGAAAAUACUCUAGUUUUUCCACCAAGUGGUGUGAUUCCAUUUCAUGGCUUUACGAUGUAUGCUACACCGUUUUGUUACUUAUAUGACGAUCCGUGUGCAAUGUAUUAUACCUUUCGAGCUUUUUAUUUGCGGUAUUGGUUUCGAUUGCACACUGUUUCUAGUCACGAACAAGGUAUUGUAGCAUUGUGUUUGCUCUUUGAGAGAUUACUACAGUGUCACGAACCUUUGCUUUGGAUUCACUUUAGAAACAUUCAUAUACAACCGAUUAGAAUUGUUUUUAAGUGGAUCAUGAGAGGUUUCAGUGGCCAUUUGCCACCAGAACAAUUGCUUUGCCUUUGGGAUCUAAUUUUAGGAUACGAUUCAUUAGAAAUUAUCCCUUUACUUGCAGUCACUAUAUUGAGUUUCCGAAAGGAAAAUUUGAUGCAAGUUAAUAAUCAACAAAGUGUAGAGGCUGUCUUGGCAGACUUAUCUUCUUUAAAGGUUGUUCCAUUAUUGCAAUUGGCUUUAUUAAGAGAAUAA